AUGCCCCCCAUCUUCUUCCUCGACGUCGGUGUCAGCUCCGACUCCCCCUUCUACCCCUCCCAAGCCGGCAUCUUCGCCAACGGCAAGAUCCUCCGCCUCGACUCACCCAACCAGCCGCCCAACGGCUCCAACGACAUCUGGUCCAUUUCUUGUCGAAAGUCGCUCGUCACUGGCCUCUCCGCCCCCGAUGGCAUCGACGUCGACCCCUCCGCCAACAGGAUGUACUGGACCAACAUGGGCGCCGACGUCAACGACAUGGACGGUUCGCUCAUGUCCUUCACCCUCGACGGCUCCGACAAGAAGGUCCUUCUCGGCGGAGCCGAUGGCGUCUUCACCACGCCCAUGCAGCUCGGCAGACCGUCAGCAAAGACAUGA